AUGUAUCCUGUGGCGCGUCUCUUGUACGUAUAUACGAAGGUACGCGGCUACAAGCUUAUAUCACGAUUUUUGCCGCACAAAGUACAAGAUAUUGUGCCGCUCUUGCACCAACUUGAGUGCAUGCACGCGUCGCGACCACCGUGGGAGCUUAUAUAUGUGACUCUCCUGUGGCUCUCGCUUGUGGUGCUGGUACCUUUUCCUUUACAACGAGGGACUGGUGCAUCAAUUCUCGAACGCGUCGAACGCGUCACUCGCUUAUAUGUAUCACGUUCAGGGAAAGAGCGCGAUGCGGCAAGCAUAGUGCUGGGUAGGCUUUAUCGACGCCGAGACACGCCUAGUGUUCUGUUUACUUCUUUCCUAACGUGGUCGGAGCAGCAACUCACGGAGACCGCUCGUAUGUCUUCCUUUCUUGCGACAGGAACACUGCAGACGCUAUGCGAGAUUCUCAAAAAUGCCGAUGCUCCUUUGGUUCAAGAACAUUACGAUGCAAUUCGCCAUGUCUUGGCUACAUUCCGCACGUUGGAGCAGGGGCGCAAUGGGUUAGUCAUUCGAUAUAUUGUCAAGCUCGAAGGGCGUCUGGCUCUGCACCUUCUCUCUACGGCAAUAAAAAUGCGUGCUGGCGUUAUCGAUGCGAACUUAGAAACUCACAUCGAUACUCUCAUGCAAGCAUUGGCCUACUCCGACUCACGCGUUCGUUACAGUGCUGCAAAAGGUCUGGCUCGCAUAAGUGCAUGUUUACCAGCUGCGCUCCGUCAGCAAAUAGUGGUGGCACUGCUCGAUAUGCUUGCGGAGCAUAUCCUACCAGACACCAUGCCUAGUGCUGCGCUGUCAUCCGAUGAAACAUUCGAUUUUCAGACGUGCGAAAAACUGCGUGAAACCGACUUGCAUGCCGUGUCAGAGUGCACAUGGCACGGGGUUUGCCUCGCAUUAGCGGAGCAUGUGCGUCGUACGUGUGUACCAUCGAACAUGUAUGUGCGCGUCAUUUACUGGGUGCUAACGGCUCUUGCAUUUGACGUGCGACGGGCCACCGGAUCUACCGGGACGAGUGUGCGCGAUGCGAGUUGCUACGUGCUGUGGUCUCUUGCCCGUGCACGGGAUGCUUCAUCCACGCUUGGUCCUUUUGCACCAGCCAUUGCGCAGUAUCUCGUUGUUUCCAUCACACUGGAUCGCGAAGUAUCAAUUCGACGUGCAUCGAGCGCGGCCUUUCAGGAGUGGGUCGGCCGCACGAGCUGUAUUCCCCAUGGGAUUGACAUAUUGCGUAAGACGGAUUUUGCGGCCGUGGGCCCGCUUCGGCAUGCGUAUCUUGAUUGUGCGCCAUACAUAGCCACAUGGCCCGUGUACCGCGGCGUACUCCUGCAACACAUGAUGCGAGUUUCGCUCACUCACUGGGACGCAGCGAUUCGCGUCCUUGGUGCUGAAGCAAUCGGCAAGAUUGUGUCGAUGGACAAAAGCGCUGCCUCCAGUAUCAUGCAACAUCUCAUGGCUCGUGUGCAAAAAACAAAAGACCAAACACUGGUUCAUGGUGCAUUACUCGCGCUGGUUUCGCUUGCUCGGGUCGAUUCGGUGCUAGCUCCGGAAGCGUCUCGUGCUGCGUUAGAAGUCUCUGCGUCCAUGCUGUCGUUGUCGACGCAAAGCGCCGCAGCUGUCUUGGAAGCUGCAUGUCGACUGGUGGCCCUUGCUGCAUUGCCGCUGCAAGUGCAGCAUGUGUCAGACGCUUAUCGAGGGAACGUAUCCAAACUCCUCCAUAUGGCUCUAGCACGUCCGGAAAUAGCUGUUCAAGAUGCUGCUGUUGACGCCAUCGAGGCCUGGAAAGACGACGAGCAGGUAGCACAUGCAUAUGUACGUCGUGCGCUCGAUACAUGGACCACGUUAAACGACGACAUGCAGCGGGCGGCCGCCAAAGUCAUGGGUGUUGUGCCAGUGCGCCCCGAGGAACAAAGCGCGCUUUUGUGUGCGUGUCUUGAUCGACAAGCGCCCUUCUCUUCGAAGCUACGUGUCGAGACGCGGUGUGCCGCGGCGGCGUCGCUUGCUCGCUUGUGUGUGCAGCCUACUGAAGUCGUGCGUGUAUUGCAGCAGGGUCUGCACGACAUGACGACUGACCAGCGCGGAGACGUGGGAUCUUGGGUUCGUCUAGCUUGCAUGGAUAGCUUGGGGCAUGUUUUUUGUGACUGGGAUGUCGACGUGCCAGCGUUGGAAUCUGCAUGGGUGGACAUGGUCGGCAUGCUAAUGGAGCGGAUCGACGCAGUGCGUGUGAAAGCCGGGCAUAUCGUGCGCCGCGUAGCUGAUAUACAUGCCACUGCAUUACCGAAUGGCGAAAGUAUUCUUGCCGUCGUGGCUGAGCCUGAAGAGCUUCGCAAUGCACCGUAUGCAUUCUCGGUGCUAGUACCUUUGAUGAGCCUUGAGCGAUAUCGGGCUUCAUUGCUGUACACGCUCUCGCGUACGAUCGGCAGUCGAUCUGAGAUGGCGCUUCGUGAGGCGGGGCAGGCAUUGGUCGAUUGGGCUCUGACUGUGCCAGACGAGUGUGUACACGACAUUCUUGUGCUUUUACAUCACCGCGCCCAGGCACAUGUUCGUGAAAACCGGGUGUUUGUACCGAUUCUUCAAACCAUUCUGCUUCUUCUUGAUUGGGACGUGCAUAAGCGUAAGAGCGAGGACGUAAAUCGAAUGUACGUGACGCGCGCACGCGUGGAAGGGAGGGAGGGGGUCGACUUUUGGAUUCCUGGGGGCUUGCUUACCUGA